AUGCUGUGCCUAGGUUCCCAGGCGACCUCGCGCGCCCUGCAGCGACAGGUGCGACAGCAACUGUGUUAUUCGUUACGCGCUCCAGUAGUGUUGUCGGCAUGUCUCCUGCUUGCGAUGACAUGCUGCGAAUACCUUUCGGCUGCGAAACCCGCCACCGAGAUAUCUCCGAACUGCGUUCCAGGUGUAGAGACCACGUGCACGUGCGAGGAAAAUAAGUCUGGUCGUGAAGCCGCAGCGUCGAACUCCGCCACCCUCUCGCAAGCGCAGAAUGCCCUCAAACUGGAAUGCAAGCCCAACCUCCAGAUUGCGCCAGAACCACUCAAGGAUAAGGUGUGCUCUGCAGGCAGCGACGAUUUGAAAAAAGAUUGUGACGUGAAACUGAGCUCGCUCCUGGUCGGCAACCCAGACGUAAGCUGGGCAGAAGUUUCAGAACAAAGCAGGUCCCAACCGGUAUCGAAGAGACUGACUAUCCCUCCAGAGAACUUCCCACUCGUAGAUGAACAAUUCGCUGUCGGUUGCACAGAGAAUACUACGAAGAAAUGCAAAGUCACUGUGACCGUGGAGGCCAGACCGAGCGUGACACAGGGACAGACCGUGACCUGUGCGUACGGCGCCGGUAGUAACGACUUGCGUCAAGCCGUCAAGCUGAGCCCGACGCAGAACAGCUUCACUCUGGUGUGUGGAGACAAGGGAGAAGUGCUGCCGAAGAACUACAACGAGGCAUUCUGCUCUUCAGGAUUGACGGGGAAUGAGGAAACCUGCAAGGGAAGUUACACGUCUAUUCUACCUGGCUAUGAAGCGAACUGGUGGAAUAAGGAUGAUACUAAGCAUUCAGUCACCCUGUCGAUUCCUACGGACCAGUUUCCGGCGGAGGAAGCGAAGAUUGUUGUCGGAUGCCGACAGAAGGAGCAGCAGCCAUCACCCGUCGGCAAGGAAAGUCCUUUGCAUACUUUGACUCCGACUGUGUGUAUCGUCGAUGUGACGAUUGAAGCCAGUUCGUUUGCGUCUUUGUCUUCGAGGCGUGCAGAUGUGUUUGGUUUGCUCGCGGGUGCUGCAGUGAUGACGAUUUUUGCUCAGCAUGCGUGA